GGAUGUUGAAAUUGUAUCUUGAGUAAUAACAGGUGGUUGUUGUAAACGAUGAACAAUUGGAAUGUAAUUCUAAAAAAAGAAAAAAAAAGAAAAAUAAAUAUCAAACAAUAUUAAAAUUAAUAAGAUUUUUUUAUUUUGUUGUGCUUACGAGAUGUUGUGGUGGUUUAAAAUAUGUUUUUGGUUCAACAUUACCAAUUGCUCCAAAAUGACUAAUUGAUCGUACGAAAUAUCUUUGACUUGAUGGAAGACAACAUUUACAAAAUAUAAUACACGUCGUGAAUCAAAACAGAGUAAUAAAGUACGUUUAUCAUAUACCGAUUGUCCAUCAUCAAUUAAUAAUACGAAAAAUGAUGAUUCAAUUAAUGGUAGUGGAUUAGUAACAAAAUCAAUACGAUUUAAAUUAUUUCCAAAUUCAGAUACUGUUGAACAAUUUAUAGCCAAUGAUAUGGUAACAAGUGUUGAAUUUAAUCAAUCAACAACAACAAAAUCACAAUUAAGAAAAACAAAUUCGGCCACACAACAAGUAACAAAUUCAAGACAAUCUUUAUUACGUUCACCAUCUGCUCGUUAUACUAUACCAAAAUUUCCUGUUCGUCAAAAAUCAUCAACAAUAUCACCACGUGUUAGUGUUGCAGAAUGGAAUAGUCGUGAUACAAGUCUAUUAUCACCACCAGAAAAAGAUAUAAUUAAUCAACGUUCAAAAUCAUUUAAUUCUAAUGGAAAUAUUUUAACAAUAAAACAAAUGAAUACUGAAUCAACAUUACGUGGUGCUCUAGGAGCUGUAUCACCUGAUAUGUAUAUGCAACGUAGUAGAGUAGGAUUUUUAGAUGAAGAUACACCUAUAUUUGAAGAAAAUUUAAAAAAAUUACGUUUAAGAAUACAGUACGAUGAUCAAGGAAAUGAUCUUAUUGUCAAUAUCAUUGAAGCACAAGGUCUUCCAACACUUGAAAAUAAAGAAUUUGCUAAUCCCUAUGUAAAACUUUAUCUUCGUCCACCUGUUGAUCAAAAAUUACGUCAAACAUCUAUUCAACGUCAAACAAUUAAUCCAUGUUGGAAUGAAUAUUUUAAAUUUUAUAUUGAUACAGCUGAUCAAUUAAAAUCUAAAACAUUAUUUUUAUAUAUUUAUAACUAUGAACAUAAUAGUAGAGCAGAAUUUAUUGGUGAAAUACAAAUUAAAUUAACACAAUCAAAAACAAAUGGAAAUGAUUUAUGGUGUCAAAUUACGAAACAAAAAUCAGUAAGUUAA